AUGCGCGAAAGUGAAAAUCCAAACGUUUCUCUUGUGUCUUAUCUCAAAACAACAACAAACCCAAUAGUCAAUCUUAUUGCAAGGACUAUAAUCAUCGAAUACUUCAGAGACGAGGGAUUUAGAAUCGAACUGACUAACUAUUUCAAAUACAUCGAGGUCUUCGAAAACUUGCAUUUUGGUCAAAUCGAGUUCCAAGAAAAUACCGUCUUUUUUAUGGAAUACUUCAUGCGACACGCUUUGUUCAAUAAAGACGUCAACAUCAUUGUACUGGCACAAGAUAUCACUUACGUUUUACAGGAAACGUCCCAAGAUACAAAGAUAAAGAAAAUGAAUGCUCUUGCUACAAAGUAUCCCACAAUCAGAAUUGAAAGAACCCCUAGGAAGAUAAACACCUUUGAUUUGAAAAAGGAUGAAAAGGAACAACUCAAAGAAAUGACAAAAGUAUUCAUAUCCGAACACUACGACGAUGGACCUUUUAAGUCGGAGCGAAUUUCAAAAUAUCGUGAUGUCUUCAUAUCGGGAACCGAAUUCCCAUACAUCACAUGCAAUAUAUACAACAAAAACGAUUAUAUGACAAAGGAGAAAUACUUAACGUACGUGGAACACGUAUUACAGAUCACUGCUGCCAAAAAAAAGAAGAAACCCAUUAAAGUGUUUUCGAAGAAUGAAAGAAAGAUGUCAAUUGAACCCGUGAAUAAGGAGGAGAAGGAGAAGGAAAAAAAGGAAAAAAAGGAGGAGAAGGAUAUUAAAAUUCUACAAAAUAAGAACUGCACUUUAAUUACAGAGAACAAUGAUUUGAAGAAGAAUAUCUCAACUUUGAAACAGUUGAAAGAAAAAGAAGUGAAUGAAUUAAACGCGAAGAUAAAAUCGGUUGAAAAUGGAUACAGGAAACAAAUUUUGGAAAUGGAAAGUAAAUUUGAAACAUACAAUACAGUACUUAAUCAACUGAAUUCACAAAAGGAGAGUAUUUCAAAAGAAAAAGUAGAGAAGGAAAAGGAAUUUGCAAAGGAAAGAGAUGAAUACAAGAAAUAUAAGGAAAUGACCGAAGGAAUUAUAAAUAAAUUCGAACAUGACAACACUCUAAUGAAAGAUCAAAUUGCUCUAAAAGAUCGGUAUGUUGAAGAUACGCAAGCGAAGUAUCAGACAAUGUUAAAAUCGACACAAGAGGAGAAGUCGAAAUAUUUCGAUGAGAAGAGAAAUGAAGUUUCCAUGUAUCAAGAACAAAUGAAGAAUCAGAUGCAGUUGUUAAAGGAACUUGAAGAUACAAAAGAAGCGAAUAGAACCAUUCAAGCACAACAAAUCAUCUCACAGCAACAGUCUCAGGUAUCUCUGAUUAGUUCACAAGCGGAAAACGUAGUCUUGAAGAAAAUAAAUGAUCUUAACGAAAUAGCAAUGAAGAAGCAAAUGGAUUACAACGCUGCAAUUAUUAGUGUGCAAAAUAGUCUCAUAGACCUUCAAAAGCAAAAUUUGAAUGUGAACCCUCAAAAUAUUCUCGAUGCUAACUUUUACUACUAUCUCAGUGAUGCAUAUUCCUAUCUAUCUUUGAACAAUCUCCUUGGAUUCUUUACAAAGACGAAUGGAAAGAGACUAUUUUCGAAAUUCCUAUACAUUUUCAUUCAAAUGUGUAAAACUACUCAGAUUGGAAAUUCAAAGAACGUUGUCCGAUUAUUAGGAACGCCGGAAAACAUUCAACUGAUAGAUAACAUUCCAGCUAACGAUGAUCAAUUGGAAGAGAUCUCAAAGAAAAUUCCAGAUUGA